AGCAACAUCCAUAUAACGUCCUCGUGUCUUCAUGUACGGCGUCCAUGUUUUUAUUGUCUCCCUUCCAGAGAGCUGCAGAGGGCGGGACCAGAGUCUUUAGCCGCCAUUUUCUCGUAGCCAUUGCAUUCAGCUACAGCCAGGAAAACAGACGUGUGAGAGUGAGGAGGCGGACCCUGAUAAAAAAACUUCCUGUCUGUGCUGGCGGGUACAGGCCCUAUUCCCAAUGUAAGGCUGCCAUGGAGUCUCUCGAAAAAAAAAACAAUUAUCGGUGAGUAUAAUCCGAUGUUUUUUAUCCUCAGACAAUCCAGCUAUGAUUAACCAGAGUAUUUCUUAGACGCUGCGUGAGGAUGGUGCCGAUCCUCUAUGUAUCGCUGAGUCACUGAAGAUGGACAUGAACAGGGAUCACAUGACUGAGAGGAUAUUACAUCUCACCCUGCAGAUUAUCUAUCUGCUGACUGGAGAGGAUUACACAGUAGUGAAGAAGACAUCCGGUGAGACACCCAGCAGCCGUCCCCAUGUGUCAGGAGGACUGAGCAGCACCCAGAGCCUCAUUACGGUGCCUCCACCUCACUCACUGAUACAUGAGAGACACAAUGACCAGAAGAUCCUGGAACUCACCAACAAGAUCAUUCAGCUGCUGACUGGAGAGGAGGGGGAGUAUAUAGAGGAACACAGGGGUCUGUACAAGGACGUGAUGAUGGAGAGUCACCGGCCCCUCACAUCACUGGAUAGGCCCAGUAACAGAGAUACCCCAGAGAGAUGUCCCCGUCCUCUGUAUUCCCAGGAUUGUACAGAGGAGAAUCAGAGGCUCCCACAGGAGGAUCAGCAUGAAGGUCCAACUGAUUUUAAGACAGAAGAUCUAGAGGAAGAAGAAGAGACGUAUGUGACUGAUACGAAGGCAGAAGAUAUAGAGGGAGAAGAAGAGACGUAUGUGACUGAUAUGAAGGCAGAAGAUAUAGAUGGAGAAGAAGAGACGUAUGUGACUGAUAUGAAGGUAGAAGAUGUAGAGGGAGAAGAAGAGACGUAUGUUACUGAUAUGAAGGCAGAAGAUCUAGAGGAAGAAGAAGAGAUGUAUGGGACUGAUAUAAAGACAGAAGAUAUAGAGGGAGAAGAAGAGACGUAUGUGACUGAUAUGACGGCAGAAGAUACAGAGGGAGAAGAUGAGACGUAUGUGACUGAUAUGAAGGCAGAAGAUAUAGAGGGAGAAGAUGAGACGUAUGUGACUGAUAUGAAGGCAGAAGAUACAGAGGGAGAAGAAGAGAGAUGUGAAAGGGGUGAUCAGCAGUGUGAGCAGGAAAUCCCUACAGAUAUCACUCCAGCAGGUGGACUCAAAUGCAGCAGUGACAUUAACGGAUAUCUCGGUUUAUCUCCAGAUGUGGUGAUAGAAGAUAACAUCAUCACAAAAAAUUCUCAAGAAGAAUACCCUAUUACCCUAAAUAUAUAUCCAGCAUUCUACGGUGCAAAUAUGUCAUAUAAUCCCUCUAAUCAUGAGGCAUGUCCUCCUGGUAACUUACCUCAUGCAGGUGAUACAAUAACUUCCUGUUCUAAUUCUGGUAACAGUUGUUUACAUCAGUCAAACUUUGUUACACAUGAGAGGACUCACACAGGUGAGAAACCAUUUCCAUGUCCUGAGUGUGGGAACUGUUUUACAAGUAAAACAGAUCUUGUGAGACAUCACAGCAGUCACAAGGGUGACAGACUUUUUUCAUGUCCUGAAUUUGGGAAAUGUUUUACACGUAAAUCUGGACUUGAUAUGCACCAGGGAAGUCACCCGGGUGACAAACCAUUUCCAUGUUCUGAGUGCGGAAAAUACUUCACACGUAAAUCGGGGCUUGUUAAACAUCAGAGACUUCACACAGGUGAGAAGCCAUUUAGAUGUACUGAGUGUGGGAAAUGUUUUACAGAAAAAUCGUCUCUUGUUAAACAUUACAAAACACACACAGGUGAGAAUUCGUUUCCAUGUCCUCUGUGUGGGAAAUGUUUUAAACAGAAAUCCGAUCUUACUAAGCAUCAGAGAACUCACACAGGUGAGAAACCAUUUUUAUGUUCUGAGUGUGGGAAAGGUUACACGUGUAAAUCAAGCCUUAUUGUACAUCGGAGACUUCAUACAGGAGAGAAGCCGUUUUCAUGCUCUGAGUGUGGGAAGCGGUGUACAGAGAAAUCAGAUCUUGUUAAACAUUUGAGAACUCACACAGGUGAGAAGCCAUUUCCGUGCCCUGAGUGUGGGAAAUGUUUUUCAGACAAAUCAGCUCUUGUUACACAUCUGAAAACUCACACAGGUGAGAAACCAUUUCCAUGUUCUGAGUGUGGGAAAUGCUUUACACGUAAACCUUAUCUUACUAUACAUCAGAGAACUCACACAAGAAACCGUUUCCAUGUUCUGAGUGUGGGAAAUGUUUUACACCAAAAUCACCUUGUGUUCUGAUAUCAGAAAAUCCACAGCAGUCAUAAGCAAUUUCUUUGAACUAAUGGAUAUGAAACAGGAUUAUAGCAUCACUCUAUUGAUUAUAUUAAUCUUAAUUAGAAACUAAACAUACAGUGCAUCCGGAAAAUAUUCACAGCGCUUCGCUUUUUCCACAUUUUGUGAGUUUUUUUUAAUUUAUUAAAAAUAAGAAACUAAGAAAUCACAUGUACAUAAGUAUUCACAGCCUUUGCUAUGAAGCUCAAAAUUGAGCUCAGGUGCAUCCUGUUUACACUGAACAUCCUUGAGAUGUUCCUACAGCUUAAUUGGAGUCCACCUGUGGUUCAGUUGAUUGGACAUGAUUUGGAAAUGCACACACCUGUCUAUAUAAGGUCCCACACUUGACAGUGUAUGUCUGAGCACAAACCAAGAAUGAAGUUAAUGGAAUUGUCUGUAGACCUCCGAGACAGGAUUGUCUCGAGCUACUAAUCUGGGAAAGGGUACAGAAAAAUAUCUGUUGCUUUGAAGGUCCCAGUGAGCACAGUGGCCCCAUCAUCUGUAAAUGGAAGAAGUUCAGAACCACCAUGACUCUUCCUAGAGCUGGCUGGCCGUCUAAACUAAGCGAUCGGGGGAGCAGGGCCCUAGUCAGGGAGGUGACCAAGAACCCGAUGGUCACUCUGUCAGAGCUACAGCAUUCCUCUGUGGAGAGAGGAGAACCUUCCAGAAGGACAACCAUCUCUGCAGCAAUUCACCAAUCAGGACCGUAUGGUAGAGUGGCCAGAUGGAAGCCACUCCUUAGUAAAAAGCACAUGGCAGCCCGCCUGGAGUUUGCCAAAAUUCUCUGGUCUGAUGAGACAAAGAUUGAACUCUUUGGCGUGAAUGCCAGGCGUUAUGUUUGGAGGAAACCAGGCACCGCUCAACACCUGGCCAAUACCAUCCCUACAGUUAAACCAUACUUGCCUAC